AUGCUUCCAUCCAUCCUCCCCCUGCUGGGUCUCCUCCUCCACACCCUGGGAGCCAACACCAUCGCCAUCAAGCCCAGCUCCCGACAAAUCUGCCAGUCCACGGGCACCCAAUGUCCACCAGGAACCAUCAUUGUCAGCCCAACCUCCAAACGCGCCUCUCACACUACCAUUCAAUCCGCCAUAAACUCUCUCCCAGAUGAUGCAACCCCGCAGACGAUUCUCAUCCUGGAGGGCAACUACACCGAGCAAGUCAACGUCACUCGCUCAGGCCCAAUCACGCUUCUGGGCGAAACCACUUUCCCCAAAGACGCAACCCAAAACCGCGUGCGCAUCACCUGGGCUGCCGGAAACAAGAACAACACCCGCGGCGUUGACAACGUGUACUCCAGCGUCUUCGUUGUAGCACCUACACUCGAAGCGAGUUUCUCGGGAUCAGGCACGAACGGUUAUCCCGUGCCCGCUGACACGCCGUUCGGAAACAAGGACUUCCGCGUGUACAACAUUGACUUUGACAACACUUGGGCCGAGUACACCAAUGGACCGGCACACGCGCUGAGCUUCAGCCGUGCCAAUGGUGGAUUCUACUACUGCGGGUUCUAUUCCUACCAGGAUACUGUCUACAUUGGCAAGCUCGGCAACGCCUACUUCUACGAAAGCAUCCUAGCCGGCGAAACCGACUUCCUUUACGGCUUCGGCACAGCCUGGAUCCAAUCCAGCGCUCUGCAACUCCGCGGCUGUGGCGGCGGAAUCACCGCCUGGAAAGGCACGAACACUACCAUUCCCAACAAGUACGGUGUGUACAUUGUUGACUCCAAUGUCCGUGCCGCGAACACCUCCAUCGCGGCCGAUAUCAAGGGUGCGUGUGCGCUGGGCCGGCCAUGGAACGGCCUGCACCGGUCGAUCUUUGCGCGCUCCUACGAGGACGGCAGCAUUCUUCCUCAGGGUUACAUUGAAUGGGUUGGCAGUGGCCCUGGAAGAUUUGAGAAGGGUGUUACGCUUAUGGCGGAGUAUGAGACUUACGGACCUGGCUUCAACGAGACUGCUCGUCUUGAGGGUGGCUUUACUACUCUUCUUGGAUGGGAGCAGUUCGAGCCGUACAGCACUCCGCAGAAGGUCUUCGGAGAUGUGGAUUGGAUCGAUUGGGAGGUUGUUAAGGGCAAUUGA